AUAAAGAUCCAACAAAAUUGCAAGGAUGGCUGUCAGCUAUAAAUAUUGGGAUGACUGUGUUGAUCCCCACGACCUGGAAGAAUUGUGGAGUAGUCCUUAUGUGGCUGCAGAAUGGUUAGAUGUUGGAGAGACCAAGGGCCAGAAAGUUCACCUCUCGCGCGAUCCCGAUGGAAAUGCUUAUUUGACACAGACCGAAAUGAAGGCUGUGGCUGAGAUCAUCAUCCGCCGGCAUUUUGGUUCACAAAUAGAUCCUGAUAUGAUUUGUGCUAUUGCAGACCUUCAAAGUGAUAGACAACCCCUUGCUACGCGGUAUGAUAAAAAAGCUAAGUCCACCUCUGUAGGGAUCAUGCAACUUUUUCCAAACACAGCUGAAUGGCUAGCUCGUGAUUUGGGUUACCAUUCAUAUGAUGUUCAAGGGGAUCACGAUCUUCUGUUCAAGCCUUUUGUAAAUGUAUAUUUUGGUGCUGCAUAUCUUAAAUGGUUAGCAAAAUUUGAGAACAAAGAAAGAAGUGAAGAAUUCAUAAUUAGGGCAUAUAAAGGUGGUACCAAGAAGGCAACUCACAAAUCAACUUUGCCAUAUUGGCAACGGUAUCGCUUAGUCAAAGAAAGUCUUCCAUCCAGAAAAAGUUUUGAAGGUCAUCCAUCUCCAAUUCAUGGCUCCGCUUCUAAAACCCAUCAUGCUGCACCGUCUGCACCCUCACACAAUGCAGGUUGGUCCUCUUUCCAGUUACAGUGCGUGCUACAGUUAUUCGCGCCAGCUCAACUGAUAAAUAUGUUUCCUCAAGAAUGUCAUCAUGUUUAUUGGGAUGUCAGAGCGUCCCCAGAAGACAUGGAGGAAAUGUGGAAUCGUCAUGACGUCUCUAAAGAGUGGACCAAGACUGGAGAGAAAAAGGGAAAAGUACGAUUUUCCAUUGACGAAAAGAAAAGACCAUAUCUUUCUCGUGUAGAACUGAAGGCAGUUGCAGAUAUCAUACUCACAAAACACUUCAGUACAAAGCCAAUUAAACCUUCAGUUCUUUGUGCUCUUGCAGAGGUUAUUAGCUUGCGUUUCCUGAAUGGUGUCGGACCACGUGCUGGAAUUAUGGGAAUCGACUAUUCUACAGCUUCAUGGCUCUACAACGAGAUGGGCUUUAGAGCAUAUAAUCCUAAUCAAGGUGAUGAUCUUUGCAAGCCAUUUUUCUCGAUGUACUUUGGUGCAGCCUAUUUAGCAUGGUUAGCGGAAUAUGAAGGGAGCUCAAGAACUCCGGAGUUCGUUGUUCAGGCUUAUAUCUUGGGGCCAAAGAAUGUGAAUCCUCAGGAUUCAGGUCCGCAGUGGCUCAAGUUUGAGCAAGCCUUGAGCCACUAUGAAGACGUGAAAAAGUUUCAAGAGUACGUACCAUCUCGCUUCAUUUGUGAACGUUCAGAAUCUUCAGUUUAUGACUGAUGAAUCAACCUUUUCGUUGUAGGGAGUACGGGAGCUGCACUAUCAUGUAAGCUGACGAAAACCACGUACGUUGCCACCUUCGAUUAUA